CUUUUAGGUUGAUGCAGGUAUUCUAGACUACACACAACAUGUGAUCUAUGGAAGAAAAUAUACCCAAGAGCUAGCAGACAGUAUUCUGAGGCAGACAGAAGCAAAUGGCGAAGUUGGUGAGGUCCCUGUUCGAUUGGUCCAGCUCAGGCUCAUCUCAGGACGGUAUGGAAGGAACUCGUGUCCCACAAGGAGAUGAGAUACAGCAGCUUCAUGCUCCAAAAAAUGCCGAGGCAUUGAAGAGAAUUCUUGUGGAGAAUCCAUCACUAAACUUGAAUGCUAUUGAGCCAACUCUGUCAAAGGCUCCAAUACAUUCUCUCCUCCUUGGUAAUCGUCCGCAAAGAAACAGGUUAUUAGAAGUAUUUCUCACCUACGGAAAUGUGGAUGUCAACCUACAAGAUCUCGAUGGUUCGAGACCACUACAUUUGGCUAUCAAGAACAAUGACAUCCCCAGUGUGAAAAUGCUGACAGUGUUUGGAGCCAAUGUGAAUGCCGUGAAUAGUGAUAACCAGACACCGCUUGGUCUAACAAAAUCCAAGGCCACAAGAUUUUUUCUGAAGAAAAUGAAUUCUUGGACUGGAGUAUCGGUAGAGGAAAGCAGUGAUUUUGGAUUUACUCUUGUUCCCCACGCUCCCCCUCCCUCAAUGCUAGGGGCGAUCGGUGAAGCAGUAGACACAGAAACCAUUUUAACACAUGGAAAUGCAGUGGAUUCUUCUAUGGAAUCCAGUAGCAGCCUUACCAAGAACUACGGGGAAGUUUCUCAGUCUCUAGUACGAGAAGAGGUUGAGAGUGAGCUAGCACAACUGCUGAGAUCUGUGGAGGGAAGUGUUUCUCCCGAUAAAAUCUAUCCGAAUGUCGCUCAUUUACCUCAAAAACAUGUUCUGUAUGAGGACAAUUCCUCAGCAAGGAAACUCUAUAUGCAGCUGGACGUUGCGCUAAAGAAGCAAACUGACAACCUUAACUCAAUUAGCAGCCAAGACGAGAUCGUGGCCUGUUAUAAACAGCGAAAAGAAUUGGCCGAAUUCAAGAAAACUGGAAAUCGUAUUCUGUGCCUGGAUGGUGGAGGAAUGAAGGCACUGGUGGAGUUGGACAUACUAUGCAGUAUUGAGAAGCACACUGGAAAGAAGAUUACUGAGCUAUUUGAUUGGAUUGUCGGGACCUCAACUGGCGGUAUUCUUGCUCUGGGACUGGUGUAUGCUAAGAAAUCUGUUGAGGAGCUUCGUCAGAUUUGCCUGCAGCUCAAGGAUGAGGUGUUCGCUAAUCCAAAGUUUGGUAUAUCAUACAACUCAGAAGCACUGGAGAAAUUUCUCAAAAAAACGGUUGGUACAAAAAUGAGAAUGAACGACAUUAAGCAUCCAAAGGUUCUUGUUUCAGCGGUGUACAAAGGCUCUACACCUCUCCAGAUUCACCUUUUCAAUAAUUGCUUUGAUAAUGAGCUCAGUAACGAGCUGGUCUGGAAGGUAGCAAGGUCCACCUGUGCUGGGCCUAUGCUAUUCUCUGAGUUCAACAACUACGUUGAUGGAGGUGUCCUUUGCAACAACCCCACUGAAAAAGGUGUGACAGCAAUUCAAAACUACCAUUCGGAAAAAGGGGAGAGGCUGCCUAUCUCACUGGUGGUGUCAGUGGGUAGUGGAAUGUACCCAGAGGAAAAGCUGGGUAAUGUUGACGCUCAAGACUGCAUAUCUCUGACUAAAAUGUCUGCCUUGAAAGAUCGGGUCGGCAACCUCAUGGGAUUGUUUAUGAAUGCCCUUGUGGAAUCUGAAACUGUGGCUGAGACAUGUGAUCGUAACUUCAAGGAGCAAGGAAUUCCUUACUACCGAUUCAGUCCUCAACUCAAAGAGACUAUUUCUGCAGGGGAGACAGAUUCACGAAAACUAAUUGAUAUGGUCAUUACCACACGGCAGCAAACUAUAGUGCGAAUUAAAGAAAUAGCAUCAGACCUUUGAUCUUCAUUUUUGUGUUGCACUUUCAAACGUUCACUUUAGUAAAUUUUGAUGUUCUCCAUGCAAGUGCC